AUCAUGAUCGCCUUCUGGGUACCGUCCUAUCACACAUAAAAAUGGCGUCUACCUUGUUCGAGGAAGAUAUUGUACAGCGUAGUCAUCGCGGCACAUUGCAACUUGGUCUUGUCGUACGGAACUACGAUGGCUACAGCAGCGUAGACGAUUCAGAAGAUGAGGAGGAGAGGAUCAAGAAAGGUUUUGUCAGGGUGGCCUGGUACCCAAAGGGGAGAGAAAAUGUUUUGCCGGAGAAAAAGGUAAGCCUGUACGAUCGCUCGCUAAUGCCAGGCGAUGCUGUAAGACGUGACCAGGAGGGCUCACAGCGAGGGAUCGUUCGCUCCGUUCACGUGUCUUGCCAUCUUCAGGUUGUACGCACUAAACAAAUGAUCUACGAUGUGUGCAGCCAGGACCUUGAGAAUAUAAUGAUGUAUACACCUGGGUGCCAUGUCGUCAUGGGGUCUUGGAUUGGAGUAGUUAGAAAUAUCUAUGUGGAGCUAAUCGUGCGGCUUAAAAAUGGAGCCAGGUGUACCCUCUCCGAUGACAGCGCCUGCAGAUUGACUGAUAUCCAUGACACGGAUGACGAUGCUUCUGUAUUCAGCUGCGACAGCUUCUACCCUGGUCAGGUCCUGCGAGGUCCAGCCACAACUUUCAAGAACACAGCAUGGCUCAGCGGGCAGCAGCCCAUACUUGGCAGCAAAGCUAACUUCACCGUUACCGUGGAAGAGGUUAAUGUUGUGGAGCUUGAGGUUCACUGGCAGACUAGGGGUCUCUGCAGAUAUCCUGCUGGAGACUGCACUGAUUCCAAUCAGCUGCAGCCACCUCCAAGAAGAGUCUCAAAGGACAUACUUCCAAGAGUCAGACCGCUGUCAUACUUCAUUGCUGCCAGUAUACAAAUUGGCGACAAAGUAAUGUACAAAGUCAGGCCGGGAGAUCUAGCUUAUCCUAAAGCAGUGCCUCGCGGCAGCUUGGAUUGUUAUGUCCAACCAUCCAAGGGGGAAGGUAGUGGGGCAUCAACUGCUGUCAAGGGUGCCGAGUGUGGCCUGGAGGCCCUGACAUCACAGGGAAAUGCAAACGAGGAGCCGAAACAGAGACCUGAACUUGCCCAGAAGGAUAGCAGCGAAGGGAGUGUUGAUUUGAAAUUGACUACCAGUACAGGAACCGGAUGUGUGGAAAACCCGGAUCAGUGCAUGCACGGUUUAUUAACUACACAAGCUGAUAGGCCUGAGGAGAACCCAUCAGGCCAGUGCAUGGCAGGAAGUAUAUCAGGGUCUAAAGGCACAGCCUCUGCCGUGCAAGAAUCCCAAUCCGCGGAAGGAGGAGCCUCAGAAGAUUCACUAGGAGCUUUUGCAGCAACUCCAGGAGAAGCACAAGCUGCUUCAUUUGAGCCGAAGGGAAUCCUCAGAUUGCAGGAUGGCUUUGCUUCUAAUCAGUCCAAACUGGAUAAGAAAGCAGCAAAAGGUGAUCUGGAUAAGCAAAAGCCUUCAGAAUCCACAGCAGAGGGUAAGGAUGAGCUGCUGGCCAGGGCCGAGGAGCUGAAGGUGGGUCUGUCCAGGGAUGUGGACCUCCUCGGGGAGCUGCAUCGAGAGCUUUGCGAUGCCUCCGACAGCGUCACAGACAUUGCAAGAAACUUCCGGACGCUGCUGCAACGCGCCACCAAUGAGUCCGCCCGAGAGAUCAGUGGACAGGUUGCACGUCUCCUUGAGUCGCAGGGGAAACUCCAGCAGCAGAUCCUGAUGACGGAGGGCCUUCUUGUGGACAGCAAGAAGAGCCUCAAGGAGCUGGAUGAAAUCGAGAUGGAGACCCGGGGCGCCACCGCAUCUGGGAAAACUGCUGUCGGCAAAAGCCUCAGGAAGGUCAGGGCACUGUCUGCCAAGAACAGAGGUAGGAGAAAAUUGGAUGAUGAUAGAGAUUCAGAUCAGUCCUCGGAAGAUCGCGAGGAGGAGGAGGAUUCCUCGGACGGGCUGGAUGACAGUGAUGACACAGACUCCAAUGCCUCAUCGAAAGGAGAGAGUCGACGAUACAAGGUAGUGUCCAGCCUCCUCCACCGACACACCAGGAAGCAGCAUAAACGCCUGGCUUCCAAACGCCGACCACCUCCUAAGCCCCUAGAGAUUGGUGAACGAGUGUGUGUCGAAGUCACCCACACUAGAACUUUGGUAGAUGUCAUGUGGCAGGAUGGUACAUUACAAAAGGGAGUGGUGUCCACAGACCUUUUUCCUGACCACCAGCUGGACGAGCUUGAGUUCUUUCCUGGAGACUUUGUCACCAAGAAUAAUGAGGAUCUUGAGAAUGUCUAUGGUCUGGUCUGCAAGACAGACCACAAGGAGAGAACGUGUCUAGUCCAGUGGAUCAUGAGGCCAAACCAACAGUGCAAUGUACCCACACCAGUCAACUCGGAGGAGGUGAGUGUCUAUGAGCUGACACCCCACCCAGACUUCACCUUCAACGUGGGGGACGUGAUCGUGAGGAUAGCCGACAGCAGGCACGGGAUUGCAGCCCUGAAGAAAGGAAAGCCCGACCCUAGAGGAGUCCACCCAUGUACCCAGGUGGGUGACUCUGACACCCAGAGAGGCAAUGGUGCACCCCAUCUUACCCGAGCUAGUGCCAAUACUGCUGAGCUGGGUACCCAGACAGACAACCAUUUACUCGGAGGGAAUCAGGCUGGGACCCAUGCCAUUGAAUCAGACACCCAAGUGGGUCACUCUGAUGCCCGGAUGGGUAAUCACAUUACCCAAGAGGGUAAUGCUAGCAGCAACAUUGAUGUCUCUGGUAACAAGUCGUGUAAUUCUGAUGCUCAGAUCACUACACCAGGCGAUCAGUUGAGACCCAGCGAUACUACAAUAAACAACCGCGAUGUCCCAUUUUGUAGUCCAGAUGGUAUUCAGGCCAGCAGCAAGAUUGACAGCCCAAAAGAGGAGAACCAGCAUACAGAAACAACACUCUCACACGCCGGUGUAAAAGAACCACAGAUCAACUCCUUUGCACCAGACCAUAUAGAGGAAGGAUGCCCUGUAGAGCAGGUGUUUCAAACUGAUGAAUGUGGAUCAACUCGAGGAGGGACCCACGAUUCUGACGAUGCAGGAAUGGCCAAUGUCCAUCGCAUGAAUUUGGCUAAUUUGGAAAACUUUAAUGCAGAGGCGUCGAAAGAAGACAGCAUUUCCUCCUCGAAGGUUGAGAAUUGCCAGGCUACUCAGGAAGCAGCAGUACCUUGUGCUGGGCAGGUGCGCUGGAUUAGUACCAAUGGAGAGAUUCACGUUGCGUGGGUGGAUGGCUCCGAGUGCAGUGUGCUGCCACAGGAUCUGUACAAAUUGGAGGAGGACAGCGACACCGAUUGGUCAGAUAAUGAUGCGGGAGAUGACGACUGGAAGGAUGAAGACCAGUUAGUAGACUCCUCGAAUUCCACCUCAAGCAGCUGGGAGACGGCCAGUGAUGCCUCCGAUAUUGCCGAAGAGACAAACGUCAUCAGUCCACCCCCACAUCAGCAAAACGCCAGCUCAUCACCAAGAAGCCCGGACAGGGACGCUACCCCAUCAGAGGCGGGAGAUCUUGAGGGGCUCCCCGAGAACCUGGAUGAGGCGACAUUCGAGCAGACCUUCUCUGCGCUGAGCCUGGUGGAGGACAAGAUGAGACGGAUCAACUCCUGUGCCAACUCCAUCCUGGAGAAGCGGACAAAUUCCUUGCAGCUCGACCCGGAUGGUAAUGCGGGGAGAGACAAGGAGGUGCCCGAAGGAGACAUUAAGGAGGAGGUCACUGCUGUAAAAGCAAACAGUGUCGAAAGUGAGGCUACCAGUGAAAGCACAGGUACUGGUGAGCCAUGCAUUCCAUCAGAUACCCCAGCAUCGUCUGAACCAGGCAAACUCGGCGACAGCUCAGGAAGAGAAAUUGCAGAGGCGGCCGCUCCUGCCAUGUCAUCAUCUGCAGAGAAUACUGUGGAAGGAGAAAUGGAAAACCGCUCUGAAGAUGAAGUGGGUCAAGGGGAAGGAAACAGUGACAACCAAGAAACUUGCCAAAAGUUGCCAACAGAGGGGGCUGCUCCUACCGCCACUGGACAAGCUUGCGAUAAUUUCUUUCUUAUGGAGGAGGUUCCGGAGACCCAUCACUUCAACAUGCCCAGUGUGGCUUUCUCGCCCGAGGAUCCUAAACAGUUUUCGCUGACAAUGAGGAGAGAGAUGCGUUUGCUGCAGACAUCUCUUCCACAGGGUAUCAGAGUCAAGGGCUUUGCCGACAGAAUGGAUCUGUUCUCUGUGCUGUUUGAGGGGCCCAGUAACACACCGUACGAGGACGGCCUGUUUUUCUUUGACGCCCACCUCCCCCCGGACUACCCUAAAUCCCCACCCGUCAUGCACUACCACGCCUACUGCAGUGGUCGACUCAACCCGAACCUCUACAAUGAUGGCAAGGUUUGCGUCAGUCUUCUGGGCACCUGGACAGGCAAGGGAAGUGAGAUGUGGACUAGCAAAUCCAACCUGCUGCAAGUGCUAGUCUCCAUUCAAGGCUUGAUCUUGGUCAGCGAGCCAUACUACAAUGAGGCAGGUUAUGAGAAGCACCGUGGGACGCAGCCUGGAAAGGAGAACAGCAGACUGUACAAUGAGACAGCUGUACUGAAGAUGGUUCAGUCAAUGACACUUAUGCUGACCAAUCCCCCUGAUGUAUUCCAUGAAGAGACAGUAGACUUUUGUCACAAUCAUGGCUUCAGGUUGAUCAAGCGGAUUGAACACUGGCUUGCAAUUAGUAGUGUGUCUCCAGAGAGUGGGGAACCAGGGAAAGGGCACCAGGACAUGCCUCGCACUCCUGCCUUCACCCUUCUACCACUCUCCAAAGGCUUCAUACUCAGCAUGAGGCAGGCCCUACGAGCUUACCGUGCAGCAUUGGGUGUAGCUGGGAUACCUGACAACUGAGAGGCUGACAUAUGCUACCUUGUGUCCCUAGAGUUAUGUAAUGCUGUAAGCUGUAUUGGUUUGAACCAUGCUUCUGCUAGGAAUAGUUCCCUUCACAUUUCACAGUGAUGCCAGUAACACUGAAGAGGAAGGUUGGAGCUUGUCCUGGUGAUCCAAAGGGCAAAGGUCAGAAGGGGAAAGAUUUCAAAUUCCUACAGCCACCGACAUGUUGUCACCCAAUCGCAGGGUACUUCAAGAGGAGAAACUUUUCAAACAUCAUUCAGAAGACGCAAGGUUUAAAUGUAAUCUCUCCUUUGGAGAAACAUCGUAUUGACUCACAGAUUAAUGCAGGCCAAGAAAACAAACAGUGGUCUUAAGCCCUAGAAUCUUUCUGUUUAUUUUUUGAUUCCAAAAGUUGUGGUUUUGUGACGGAUAUUGCCAUGUUGCAGCUUUGAAGUGGAGGGAUCUUUAUUAACAACUCAUAACUUAUGUAUUCCUGAGGAUUCAACCCUCAUUGCUAGCAAGCAAAUCCAAGGUUACGUAGAUUGCUUAGAAAAGGGGACUUCCAUGAAAAAAAAGUAGACAAAUCUUCAAAUGGAGUGGUCACCAGGUAUGUCAUUAACUGCACUUCACCAAGGUAACUGUCAGGAAAACUUGUUAAGUAAGAACAGUACAAGUUCUCAAUUUGAUGUUUGGUCUAAGAGCAGAGACAGAGUGACUGCAGUGAUACCUUCUAAGAAGAAACUUAGCCAUUCACUUUUUCUUAACGAUAAAAGCUAGAUAUUUGCUCACCACAGUUUUUGUAUAACUGCUUAAAUAUUCGCCAUAAUCAAACAUUUAACAUAUGCUUUAAUGUGUGUGUGCCCACGUGGACUUUUCUUGAAGUGCUGACGAGAUGGAGAAGAUUUUUUUUAAGUUUUCAAUGCCAAAUACAAAAAUUGGUAUCUUUUUUUCCCCAUAAAAAUGCAUUAUGUAAAUCUUUCAAACAAAUUAUUUAUUUACUUAUUUGCUGCCACUAUCUCUUUUGUUUACAAGAAAUUAAGGUACUUUAUUGACAAAGUUUAUAUAUAUAUAAACAAACACUGCAAGGCACAGCUGUAAUAUUGUUGUAAAUGUGUGGAAGUGUGGUGAAUUCUGUAAAUGUUUGUGGAGUUUGUAUAGGAUUUGUGCAGAAGAUUUGUCUUGUGUAAAUGUACAAUCUUAUCCACAUUUCAUGUGUAUGGGGUUUGUGGUUAAGCCCGUUUCACAGACAUGCCUGGAUUUAUCAUUAACAUUGUAACUUUUUUUUUUUUUGGAAAGAAAGGAAUGAAACACAAAUUGAAAUAUACUUUAACGGAUGCAUACGUGUACAUGCAGAAUUUGCCGCACUCGUAAUUUGUGGUCACAGAAUACAUCAACUUUGUAAAGAACUGGAGUUGUCGAUUACACCCCCCAUUGUUUUUCAUUGCUCUGAUAUGCACUAUUGUCCCAGUGGAAAUUCCAUUAUAAAUUCCUUGGGAUUGACGGACAUAUUAAUGAAUGUAAUUUAUCUGGCCGAAUUCUAACACCAAGUACUUUAGUGAUUACUGUUUAAGGUAUUACCAUGACAACCCAUGCACUGAUAAUUUGCCAAAGUGAACCAUGAGACUGCAGAUUGUCGUGGUGGUGUGUGUGAUGUUGAUCGCAGCCACAUUAACUGUAUUAACAAGGUCAUUUGUGAGAAUUGUAGCCACGUGCUCUUGCUGAAAAAUUCGGUCCCGAUUAUUAAUUUUUUUUCGAAACAUCGUACGAAAAUGUUCUCAGUUUUUAAUAAGCCUCUUUAAAUGAACCAUUUAAUGCUGCGUGGAAGUUUGCGCCGCGGUAACUUACAGCACUCGCUGGAUCAAAAAAAAGACAUAUUGUAGAAAUGUAUAGAAAUGUCAGUACCAUUUACGACUUGGUGCUUUGGACGGUUUGGCAGUUGGUCAGUUAUUGUACCUUGGGUGGUCGGUAGUGUCUGUCACUUGUUCCACUGAUACAUCAUAUUUUGCUUGUUGAUUGGCCGAUUUUUUAUUUAUUAUUUAUUAGUUUUUUUUAUGGGAUUCCUUUCUGGCUGAAUAUAGCUACAUAUAUUCCCCCUGGUUUUAAAACAAAUCCAAUGUAAGCUUCAAACUCCUCUGAAAGAGCCUAGCUUCAAUUAAAACGACUUGGCAGACGUUUUCCGAGAGCUAAU